AACCAGGGCGAUUCACGGAUUUGAUCUAAGUGCCGUGACAGGAGAGCAUGUUGUGACGUGCGGGGGUGGUGGCUGGUUGUGCAGUUAGAAAAAACAGUCAUGUUCGGUUGGCCUUGAAGCACCGGUCUCUGAUGUGUCUGUGCGCGGGUCCGGGUCGGUGGAAGUGCCAGGAAACUCUGAGCUUUGAAAAAUGGCCGAAACCCAGACACUUAACUUUGGACCUGAAUGGCUUCGUGCCCUUUCUGGAGGCGGGGGCGGCGGCGUCGGCAGCGGUAGUAGUAGUAGUGGUGGUGUAAGCAACAAUGCUGUUGCUUCUCCACCUCUCUCACCUGCAUUGCCAAAGUAUAAACUUGCAGACUAUCGCUACGGGAGAGAAGAAAUGUUAGCACUUUAUGUAAAGGAGAACAAGAUCCCUAUAGACCUACAUGAUAAGGAGUUUCUACCCAUAUUGCAAGAGGAACCCUUGCCACCUCUGGCACUUGUGUCUUUUACUGAGGAAGAACAGAGAAAUUUUUCCAUGUCUGUAAACAGCGCAGCAGUACUCCGGCUGUCGGUACGAGGAGGUGGACCGAUAGCCGGAGCACCGAGAGGGCGAAGUACAUCAAGAGGUCGAGGGAGGGGAAGAGGGGAUGGAGGUUUUUACCAAAGAAGUUUUGAUGACGUGGAAGGUUUUGGCCGUGGAGGGAGGGAGAUGCAUCGCUCUCAAAGCUGGGAAGAAAGGGGAGACAGGAGGUUUGAAAAGCCAGGUCGAAAAGAGCCAGAUGCUGCUUCAGGACAUUUUCAGAUUAAUCAUAUCCGGAGCAACUACGAAGAGGGCGGGGCCGUACUGCCGAGGAAGCACGACUUCACGCGGUCAGAGAGCGAAAACUGGCGCACGUCUCGCGAUGAUCAAAACGGUGAGGAUGAUGAUGGGGGCUGGCGCCCGGCGGGUUCUCGGCGGGACAGUGACCGGUGGUGCCCCCAGAGCCCAGAUGGGCCUCGGUCAGCAGGUUGGCGGGAUCACCCGGAUCAACGUCGGCGGUUCCCGUUCGAUGCUAGGGAGGACGAGCGCGGAUACAGACGGCCGCGAUCUGGCAGCAGCAGCAUGGAGGACGAGAGGGACAGUUUACCGGAGUGGUGUCUGGAGGAUGCGGACGAGGAGGCCGGCACCUUUGACUCCUCGGGGGCUUUUCUUUCUCUCAAGAAAGCUCCAAAGGAGCCCAUCCCAGAGGAGGCAGAACUGGAGUUUAAGCCUCUGGAAGAGUGCGAGGAGAGUUUGGAGGACGACAGUCCGCUCAGUGAGACCAAAGAGACAGAAAACGAGGCGAAAAGAGAAGCUGAGAGAAAAGAGUUGGCCAAAGCUUCAGAGGAGGCUCCGCCCAUCAUUCCACCUGUUCCUCCCACAGUGUUGGAGUCCCACCCCCCUGCACAGUGUUAUCCUUCGAUCCUGCCCAACAGAACGGAGGAAAUGGAGCGGCCAGCCGAGAAGCAGCAGCCUCUGGAGAUCCCCCCGGAGCCCUGCAAGCCCCCGCUGCGAGUCCCCAUCACCAGCAGCAUGCUGGAGUCUCUUCCUAUGACCCACGUUUCCACAAGCAUGUCAGAAGCUUCCGUUCCAUCAUCUGUUGCCAAACUCCCUCAAAAGAAGUCUAUAGAAGUUCCCGUGGCCAUGAACAAUCCUUUACCUUUCCCUUCAAACGUAAUGGCACCUAUCGCCAGGCCCACCUCUGUGCCACACGACACGGAUGAAGACGGACUCAAAAACUUUGAGCAGGAGGCAGAGAAGAUGGUUGCGUAUCUGCACGACAGCGGCGUGGAUGAAGACCGGCUCGCAGCGAAGACGGCAGAGAAGCCCAAACCUGCAGGCCUGCCUCUCACCCACGAAGCUGCUCUUAAAUGGCUUUACAAAGAUCCGCAGGGGGAAAUACAGGGUCCGUUCAGUAAUCAAGAGAUGUCUGAAUGGUUUCAGGCCGGUUACUUCACCAUGUCUCUGUUGGUCAAAAGAGGUUGUGAUGAAGUAUUUCAGCCUCUGGGAGAAAUCAUGAAGAUUUGGGGAAGGAUACCGUUCACUCCGGGGCCCUCCCCUCCUCCAUUACAAUCAGAUGGUGACCAAGAAAGGUUGAAGCGUCAGCAGGAGCUCACGGCCCUCAACCUGUACCAGUUACAGCAGCUACAGUAUCAGUACCUCCUCAGGCAGCAGUACGCUCAGGCUCUGGCCCAGCAGAAAGCUGCAGUUUUAAGCUCCGCCCCUCUUCAGCAGCAACAGCAGCACCAACAGCAGAUCAAUCUGCUACUACAGCAAUACCAGGCUCUGAAGAUAAGAGCGUCUGAGAACUUUCUACCUCCUGUCACCCGAUCCCCAUCCGUACCAGACACCGGUUCUGUGUGGGAAAUGCAGAACCCUUCCUCUCAGGCUUCCUGCACAGCAAACCUCCAGCCGGCUCCUCCAAGCACGUGGGACGGCAGCAGUGUCUGGGAUUUACCCAUAGACUCCGUGGCUCAGGCUCCCACCAUCGAGCAGAUGCAGCAGUUUGAGAAAGCAAAGUCUGCAAAGCUGGAGCUCGAGAGGCGGGAUGCUGAGAUGAGAGCUAAAAGGGAAGAAGAAGACAGGAAACGCCUGGAGGAGGCCCUCAGAGCUCGACAGGAGGAGGAGCGCAAACGUUUGGAGGAAGAGGAGCUAGCACGGCAAAAACAGGAGGAGGCACUAAGGCGGCAACGAGAGCAGGAGGAGGCACAGCGCAGGCAAAAAGAGGACGAGGAGAGACGGGCACAGGAGGAAGCGCUCCGAAGAUUAGAGGAGAAGCGCAGGGAGGAGGAGGAAAAACGGAAAAGAGAAGAGCUGCUUCGCAAGCAGGAAGAGGAGCGCAGAAAACAGGAGGAGCUCGAGGCGUUGAGGAGGCGCGAGGAGGAGAAGCGGGCGGAGGAGGAGGCAGCCGCCGCCGCAGCUUUAGCACAGCAGCAGGAGGAGCAGAGAAGAAGAGAGCAGGAGCUGCAGAGACAACAAGAAGUGCAGAGGCAACAGGAGCUGCAGAGACAGAGGCAGCAGCAGCAGGAGGCCCUCCGGAGGCUGCAGCAGCAGCAGCAGCUGGCACAGAUGAAACUCCCAUCAUCCUCUAAGUGGGGACAGCAGUCAGCCAGCAGCAUCAAUCAGGCUCACAAUGCCCUGUCUCUGGCUGAGAUACAGAAGCUGGAGGAGGAGAGGGAAAGGCAGACGCGGGAGGAGCAGCGGCGUCAGCAGCAGGAGCUCCUGAAGCUGCAGCAGCAGCAGCAGGCGGCCCUGCAGCAGGCCCAGCAGACCCACGCCAAAAUGUCCGGCUGGGGGAACGUGGCCAAGCAGCCCGUCGUCACCAAGUCUCUGCUGGAGAUUCAGAGGGAGGAGGCGCAGCAGAUGAAGCAGAGGAAGGAGCAGCACCAACACCAACAACACCCCGUCUCCACCCAGCAAACCCGACCACAAAACAGAGCUGUGUCGCUGAGCAACUCGGUGUGGGGGUCCGUGAAUCCCACCACCAACUGGGGCUCAGACUCCAGCAGCAUCUGGGGGGACACCCACAAUUCAAACAUGGGUUUCUGGGACGAGGCUGUGAAGGAGGCCGUCCCGCCUCCCCAGCAGCAGCAGCAGCCGCCGCCGCCGCCGCCGCCACAGGCCAAAAAAACCAACUCUCAGAAAAACAACAAGGGGAACGCCAACAUCAGUAACUCUUUGAGUGGGCGGGCCAGCAAGAAGGUGGACGAAGAAGAAAAGCUGGUGAAGUUGUUUCAAGGGGUCAAUAAGAGCCAGCAGGACACGUUCAUGCAGUGGUGCGAGCAGACUCUGCACACGCUCAACACGGCGAACAAUCUGGAUGUUCCCACGUUCGCAUCCUUCCUGAAGGAAGUGGAGUCUCCAUACGAGGUGCACGACUACGUCAGGGCCUACCUCGGAGACACUUCCGAGGCCAAGGACUUCGCCAAGCAGUUCCUGGAACGCCGUGCCAAACAGAACACUAACCAACAGAAACCGGCGCAGAACCAACAGCAGACCCUCAAGCAGCAGCAGGAUUCUGUGUGGGGAGGAACCUCAUCACUGUACCAGUCCAACCACACGGCUGACCAGACGCAGCGCUUCGAGACCGUCACCUCAGGGAAGAAGAAGAAGAAACAGAAGAUGGUCCGAGCGGAUCCCAGCAUUUUAGGUUUUUCUGUGAACGCGUCGUCUGAGAGGCUGAACAUGGGAGAGAUCGAGACUUUAGAGGACUUUUAAAGGGACUGCAGCCAAAAAACUAUUCCACUGACUGUAUCCAGUUUGAACAGCAGCUGCCCCCCCCCCCCAACAACCUUUCCACCAAUCACUUUCAAUGUUUGGCGUUCCGAACUCGUGGUCGACAGUCGGUGAAGGAAACGUCCAACCAGCCAACCAAACCCUGGAGAGUAUCAGCAGAUUCCACAGACUUUAUCAGCCAAAAUCGACCUCAUUUUUAAAAUCUGGAUAUAUUAGAACAAUAUGGUAAAAGCUAGAAAUCAGAUCUAAUAUUCAGUUUUAUUUAUUGAACCCCCCCUCACCCCCCCACCCCCCCGUUCUUCUUCAGCUGUUUGUUCAUGGAUAAUCGAGGUAAACAAAAAAAAGGCCCAAGGAGUCAAGCCCACGUAUGUCCUGUUUUAAGGACAUGUUCAAGAGUUCCAACUAGUUAUCUAUUGUAAAAUACUAGGCUGUUUAAAGAAUAAACUUUCAAUUCUGCAUCUGUAUUAUAAUAUAUGAAAAUGAUCUGCUGGAGUCAUACUUUUUUAUUGCAGUAUGGAAUAAUAAUAAUAAUAAUAAUAAUAAAACAGUCUUCUGUGUGGGCUGUUCACAUCUGUACCUGGAGCGAGUGUUGAAUGCCCGUGUGGCCCCGCCUCCCUCAGGGUGACCUUCUGCUACACGGCGCCACGUUUGACCACAUUUUGUUUCUACACUGUCUUAAUAAAAAAGAUGGAUCUA